AUGUCUUCAGGACUGGAGACAGGCGCGGGCGACUACGUGCAGACAGAACUUAUCUCCGGUGUGGAAUUCGUAAAUAAGCCGAAAUCCUAUUGUAUCAACGGCGACAAUAUAAUCAAAGAUGGAAAGAAAUACAGGAAUGGAAUUAGGAAAAACGGGUUUUCAAACGGGCAUAUAUUGACUUCAUCGGAUGAAGAAUCGUCCAGAAUAAAAGCAAAUGGAAUACAAGUAAAUGGCUACAACGACAGGCCGAACAGCCUGAAACAUGACCCGAAAAUUCGACAAAUCAAAGAAUCCUUCGAACCGCCGACCCUCUUCACCAAGGCGCUCACCCAAAUCAGCUUCUAUGUCCUGGUGAUAAUCGGCUACCUCAGCUACUUCUUCUUCCCGCCCAAGAUGGCGAAAGAGAAGAACCGCGAGGGCUACAGGACCCUGCUCGACAGCUUCGCCGCCUUUUACUCGCGCUACGUCUACAGGAGGAUCAGGGAUUGUUGGAACUAUCCCAUUUGCAGCGUUCCCGGCAGCGAGGUCGUGCUGAAGGACAGGAUCACCAAGGACAGCUGUUGGACGUUCGAGUACACCGGCUCGACGACGAAAUGCCUCAACCUGGCGUCGUACAACUACCUCGGCUUCUCGGAGGCGUCCGGCCCGUGCGCCGAGCACGCCAUCCGGACCAUCUACACGCACGGCAUCAGCACCGGCGGCACCAGACAGCGGUACGGCACCUGCACGCUGCACGACGAGCUCGAGCGGCUGACGGCCGAGUUCCUCGGCGUCGAGGACGCCGUCACCUUCGGCAUGGGCUUCGCCACCAACUCCUUGAACAUUCCGACGCUGGUCGACGACCAGUGCUUGGUCAUCAGCGACGAGAAGAACCACGCCAGCGUCAUACUGGGCAUCAAGCUGAACAGCCCCAAGAUUCGGGUGUUCAAGCAUAAUAACGUCCACCACUUGGAGAAGCUCCUCCAGGAGGCGAUCUACUACGGCCAGCCGAACCAGCCGAAGGGCUCCCACAAACCCUGGAAGAAGAUCAUCAUCAUCGUGGAGGGCGUGUACAGCAUGGAGGGCACCAUUUGCCGCCUGCCCGAGAUCAUAGCGCUCAAGAAAAAGUACAAGGCCUAUUUGUACUUGGACGAGGCGCACAGCAUCGGGGCGAUGGGCAAGCACGGCAAGGGCGUCGUCGACUACUUCGACUGCGACCCCAAGGACGUCGACGUCCUGAUGGGCACCUUCACCAAGAGCUUCGGCGGCGCCGGCGGCUACCUGGCCGGAUCCAAGGAAUUCAUAACGUUCAUAAGGGAGCACAGUCACGCCUCGGGCCACGCUUGGGCGAUGUCUCCGCCGGUGGCCGCCCAGAUCAUAUCGGUGAUUCGAAUUAUACUGGGCAAGGACGGCACCAACGAGGGCCAGCGGCGGAUCGAAAACCUGGCGAGGAACACGCGCUAUUUCAGGCUGAGAUUGGAGCAAAUGGGGCUGAUCGUGCACGGCAACGAGGACUCGCCUGUGGUUCCCAUUUUGGUCUACCUCUACUCGAAAAUAGCCGUGGUGGUGCGGACUCUAAUCCAGGAGAAGAUAGCCACGGUCGGGGUGGGUUAUCCAGCCACGCCGCUAACCGAGAGCCGGAUAAGGAUUUGCCUGUCGGCCGGCCACACUAAGGAGCAACUCGACUACGCGUUGGAGGUUAUUGAGAAGGUCGCCGAUCACGCGGGGCUCAAAUACUCGCGUCGACCGCGCGAUCCCAAUCCUAUAGAUUACAGCAAAAUCAAAGUUUACGUAGAGUAG